UUGUGUCUUGCAUACACGCGGCCGUCCAUCGUUGGCCAAUGUAGUACUCUUAGUGGGACCGUUCAGGUGAUCCAUCACUCCGUCCUGACGUAGAGUGGCUGUUGACGUAGGUUUGUCUGGACCCUGGCCAUCACAAUUACAGCCAUAAAGAGCGCCCCAACGCCCUGUGGCACGGUAUCCGGUAUCCUACCCCAGCGAACGAAGAUAACAUGGCACCCCGCGUAUUCCUCAUCACCGGUACUUCGACGGGCUUUGGAGAAGAGCUAGUCAAGGUCGUACUCAACCAUGGUGACCACGUCGUUGCUACAGCUCGCAACAGCUCAAAAUUGAAGUUUGACGGCGCGAACGACACCAACAGCCUCUUCGUGGAUCUCGAUGUCACCGAAAAGAGCUCUAUCGACAAAGCUUUCGAGGCUGCAAUUAAGAAGUUCAAGCGUAUUGAUGUUGUUGUGAACAACGCCGGUUACGGUCUGAGUGGGCCUUUUGAGACCUUGUCUGAUAAACAGCUGCGGCAGCAGAUGGACAUCAACUUCUUCGGGUUGAUCGAUGUCACAAGGAAAGCCCUGGAAACCAUGCGCGAACUCAAGACUGGGGGCGUGAUCCAACAGGUCACGUCCAUCGGGGGCCAGAUCGGUGUACCGUCUUUCUCCAUCUACUGCGCGUCUAAAUGGGCAGUCGAAGGCUUCACAGAAGCGUUGUCAAAGGAGCUAAAGCCCGAGUGGGGUAUCAAACUGACGUGCAUCGAGCCCGGCGGCUUCCGAACAGACUGGUCCGGUCGCAGCAUGGAGUUUGGCGAAGUCAAAACCGAUGCGUAUGAUCAUAUUGAUCCACGCAAGAAUGCACAGAACAGGCAUCACACUCAGCCCGGCGACCCUGCAAAGGCUGCUAAGGUCUUCUAUGACCUGGCUGUCAUGCAGGAUCCUCCGAUUCGCUGCGCUGUUGGCACCGAUGCGUACAAGGCUAUGACCACCAAAAUUGAUGCAGCCAAAGAAAAUGUAGACAAAUUCAAGGAGUGGACUAACAGCACUGACGUAGAGGGGUACAAGGCCCCAAGUUAGGUGCCACAUGAGGCUGAGAUACGUGAGGAUGGAAACUUGCGAUCCACUUCUAGCCCCACGUUGCACAGUUUCAACGCAUGUUGACAUCAUUGUGCUGCUCUUGACCGGAUAUUAUUCCAUUCAGCAUGUGUUCUGCCUGAGACAGUAUGGCGACAGAACAACUGUUCGGUACCACCUUGCUGUGUCCGCAGCCACAUUACGCCUCAACCGAGCGCC